CAAAAAAAAAAAGAGGAGAGAGAGAACAGAAAGCAAAGAAAGAAAAACGCGUUUUCUCAAAAGAACAGAGUUGAAUCUUCUCUCUUUCUCUCUCUCUCUCUCUCACUCUCUUCUCUGUCUGUCUGUCUGUCUGUCUCUCUAAAGAACCAAAAUUAGGGUUAGGGUUUUCAAGGGAAAAAACCCUAAUCUUUCUCGGUAACUGAAAGAGAAGGGGUUGGGGUUUAUUUCUUAGGUUUUUGGACACCCUUUUAGGUGUUCAGAAAUGGGUUCCUCUUCUUCUUCCUCUUCAGUGAUCAAAUGGCACUCUUUUCACAGACCCAUGUCUCCUGUGCUCCUACUGAAGCUCUUCUUGCUGUUGUGGGCCUUCUAUCUUUCUCAAAGUGGAGUCGUUUUUGCCGAUUCGGACAAAUCGGUGCUCCUCCAGUGGAAGACCUCGGUCUCAGACCCCUCAGGCUUGCUCUCGAGCUGGGACUCUGGAAGUUCCGAUCACUGCUCGUGGUUCGGCGUCUCCUGCGACUCGAAUUCCAGCGUCGUUUCGCUAAACGUGACCGGGAGUGGCCGAGAAGGUAAUUCGUGUUCCGAUUUCGCAAAAUUUCCGCUUUAUGGGUUUGGGAUUAGGAGGAACUGUUUGAAUAGUAGAGGAAAGUUGUUUGGGAAGUUGUUGCCUGUGAUUGCUGAGCUUAGUGAGCUUAGGAUUUUAUCGCUUCCCUUUAAUGGUUUUGAUGGAGAAUUUCCUGGUGAAAUUUGGGCCAUGGAGAAGCUUGAGGUUCUUGAUCUAGAGGGAAAUUCAGUAACUGGGUCGGUGCCUGUUCAGUUUGUGGGCUUGAGGAAUUUGCGCGUUCUUAAUCUCGGGUUUAAUAGGAUUGUGGGGGAGAUACCGAGCUCACUUUCAAAUUGUGUGAGCUUAGAGAUCUUGAACUUAGCAGGGAACAAUUUGAACGGGACGGUUCCGGGGUUUGUUGGUGGGUUGAGGGGGGUGUAUUUACCGUUUAAUCGGCUUACUGGGCAGGUUCCUAGAGAGAUUGGGGAGAAUUGUCCGAAGCUUGAGCAUCUAGACUUGUCUGAUAAUGUCUUGGUCGGUGGAAUUCCCCGGAGUUUGGGGAAUUGUGAUAAGUUGCAGUCGCUUUUGUUGUAUUCAAAUUUGUUGGAAGAGGCUAUUCCGGCUGAGCUAGGUCAGCUUCAGAAGCUUCAAGUGUUGGAUGUUUCAAGGAAUAGUUUAAGCGAUCAGAUACCUUCUGAGCUUGGGAAGUGUUCUGAAUUGUCUGUUCUAGUGCUAUCAAAUCUGUUUGAUCCACAUCCGAGAGUAAAUGAUACAAACGGGGACUCUUCGCCAGAGCAAGGGGGUCCAAUGAAUGAUGAUUUUAAUUAUUUUCAAGGCACGAUUCCUGUGGAAAUCACAAUGCUUCCUAAGUUGAGAGUAUUAUGGGCACCAAGGGCAACUCUUGAGGGCACAUUCCCAAGUAGUUGGGGUGCUUGCGAGAACUUAGAGAUGAUCAAUUUGGCUCAGAAUUUUUUCACUGGGGAAUUUCCUGAAGGGCUUAGUCACUGCAAGAAGCUUCAUUUCCUAGACAUAAGCUCAAACAGGCUUACUGGGGAGCUUGUUGAUGGACUUCCCGUUCCUUGUAUGACUGUCUUUGAUGUCAGUGGGAAUGCGUUGUCAGGUCAAAUCCCUAAAUUUUAUGAAAGCACUUGCCCUCCUGAUCCUUCAUCAAAUGGAAGUCUUCCCGAACGUGGGAGUGGCCCAUCCUCUUUGUAUCUAUCAUUUUUUACUUCUAAAGCCCAAGCUGGAUAUCCUCAAUCACUUGGAGAGGAUGGUGGUCUUGCUGUAUUUCACAAUUUUAGGCACAAUAACUUUACUGGCACUAUCCAGUCUAUGCCAAUUGCAGCUGAAAGAUUGGGAAAGCAAACAGUUUACACAUUUCUUGCUGGGGAAAACAGGCUCACCGGACCAUUUCCUGGUACCUUAUUUGAGAAGUGCGAAGUAUUGGAUGCACUGAUUGUCAAUGUUAGCUACAAUCAAAUAUAUGGUCAAAUUCCUGCUGAAUUUGGUACAAGGUGCAAAUCUCUUAAAUUUUUUGAUGCAUCUGCAAAUCAAAUUACUGGACCCAUUCCCCCCAGUUUUGGGGAGUUGGUGUCCCUUGUUGCCCUUAACUUGAGUUGGAACCUGUUGCAUGGUCAAAUACCUUCCAAUCUCAGUGAGAUAAGGGACCUGAAGCAUCUCUCUUUGGCUGGUAAUAACCUGACUGGCUUCAUUCCUUCUAGCUUGGGGCAGUUGCAAUAUUUGGAAGAGCUGGACCUUUCAUCAAACUCUCUCACUGGGGAAAUUCCGAAAGAUCUUGAAAACUUGAAACACCUGACUGUUCUUCUGCUUAACAACAAUAAUCUCUCCGGGCAGAUUCCUGCUGGUUUGGCCCAUGUAACCACGCUCUCAGCAUUCAAUGUUUCCUUCAAUAAUUUGUCUGGGUCGCUGCCAUUGAAUGGUAACUUGAUGAAAUGCAGUAGUGCUCUUGGUAAUCCAUAUCUACAGUCUUGCUCUAUGUCUCUGGCUUCGCAAUCUUCAGAUUCGCAAGGAGCGGAUAGCAAUUCAAAUUCUGAUACUGCUACUACACCAUCCCAAGGAAGUCGGAAUAAUGGUUUCAAUUCAAUUGAGAUAGCAUCCAUAACAUCUGCAUCAGCCAUUGUCUCAGUUCUUCUUGCUCUGAUUGUGCUAUUCUUCUAUACCCGAAAGUGGAACCCAAAGUCUAAAGUUACUGGGUCUGUCAGGAAGGAAGUAACUGUAUUUACUGAUAUUGGGGUUCCAUUGACCUUUGACAAUGUUGUACGGGCCACAGCAAAUUUCAAUGCGAGCAACUGUAUAGGGAAUGGAGGUUUUGGGGCAACCUACAAGGCAGAGAUCUCACCUGGCGUCCUAGUGGCAAUAAAACGGCUUGCAGUUGGUCGAUUCCAGGGGGUUCAACAGUUCCAUGCAGAAAUUAAAACCCUUGGAAGGCUCCGUCAUCCAAAUCUCGUUACUUUGAUUGGUUAUCAUGCCAGUGAAACAGAGAUGUUCCUUAUCUAUAAUUAUUUGCCAGGUGGUAAUUUGGAAAAGUUCAUCCAGGAAAGAUCCACAAGGGCAGUGGAUUGGAGGAUACUUCACAAGAUUGCACUGGAUAUAGCCCGUGCUCUUGCCUACUUACAUGAUCAGUGCGUACCGCGUGUCCUUCAUCGCGACGUGAAGCCCAGCAAUAUCUUGUUGGAUGAUGAUUUCAAUGCUUAUCUGUCUGACUUUGGAUUGGCUAGACUUUUGGGAACUUCAGAAACACACGCUACCACUGGUGUGGCUGGAACUUUUGGAUAUGUUGCUCCAGAAUAUGCAAUGACAUGCCGUGUAUCCGACAAGGCUGAUGUGUACAGUUAUGGUGUGGUGCUUCUUGAGUUACUCUCAGACAAGAAAGCUCUGGAUCCUUCAUUUUCCUCGUAUGGGAAUGGUUUCAACAUUGUUGCUUGGGCAUGUAUGCUCCUCCGACAGGGCCGUGCAAAGGAGUUCUUUACUGCAGGGUUAUGGGAUGCAGGUCCCCAUGACGAUUUAGUAGAAGUUUUGCACUUGGCAGUUGUGUGUACGGUUGACUCUCUCUCUACCAGGCCUACAAUGAAGCAGGUUGUACGACGGCUGAAGCAACUUCAACCCCCAUCAUGUUAACUGCCUGGUGAGAGACUUUCAGUAAAAUUAACGUAGCGAUUUGUAGAAGAAGGUAAGCCCCAUUGUAAUUUGUGCUUGUGCACUCUGUCCUCUUCGUGGACUGCCCUUAGCUUGAGUUCUAAAUUGUAGUUAAUCCACUUGUAAAUUGUAAUAUAGGUUUGCCCCCAUUUUUUCAAGUUGUUUCCCUGAUUAGGGGGCUUGCUGAUGAAUCUGCAGAAGAAUGCAGAUAUUAGUUUUCCACGUUAUAUACUUGUACGUCAGUUUUAUUUGUUGUCGAAUAAAACCAUAGAAUAGAGAUAUUUCUGGGAAA